UUGACAGAAAAUCGAAAAUCAAAAAAAGGUCGCCAAACAACAAUGGAACAUUUUCUUACAAUGAAAUGAAUUAUAAUGAAAUUUAAUCAUUCAAAGGUGAAUUCACACGGAGAAUAUGGCGACCGAAGUCCGCUGUAAUGGCGAAAAACCGAAAUCCAGAGACGGAAAAAGACAAAUCAGUAAGAUUAAAAAGUUAAAGAAGAGGUUAUCAGCAAGCUUUGGAAGAUUGUCUAUAUCUAAAGAAGAUACCAUUCAUGAAAGUGAUCUAGAGUCCGAAAAUACCAAGAAUGGUGACAGCGCCUCCUACAAUACAGUACCGCCUAACCUUGCCCUUAGCCGAUGUGGUUUGAAAGAUGAUUACGGCUUAAUAAAUACCACUUUAAAUCCUGCCAACUGUCAUGAGGGUGGAUAUCAUACACUUGGAAGGCCGUCGUCGAACUCAAUCAAAACCAGUGCAAUAAACAGUCAUGCACCAGUGAAGCGGCACCACUCGGCUGGUGAUAUGUUAGAUCAACUUGAUCAAGAAGAGGGAGAUAACAAUCAAAGGCCAAGGUCAGAAGGUCAUCGAUACAUGAAACAGUUCUCACCAAAACGAACCUCUAGUUAUGGGGGACAGUUUGGAAGACAGGAUUCCUACCAGAAACUUGAACAGUUAGGAGAGGGAUCUUAUGCUACUGUAUAUAAAGGCUUCAGCAAUUUGACUAAUCAGAUAGUUGCAUUGAAGGAAAUCCGACUUCAGCAGGAAGAAGGAGCUCCAUUUACUGCAAUAAGAGAAGCUUCAUUGUUACGAGGACUUAAACACGCCAAUAUAGUCACACUACACGAUAUAAUUCACACGAAAGAAACAUUAACAUUUGUCUUUGAAUAUGUGCAUACAGACUUAAGUCAGUAUUUAGAGAGACAUCCAGGAGGUUUGACUGCUUUUAAUGUAAAGAUAUUUUUAUUCCAAUUACUGAGAGGACUGCGAUAUUGUCAUACGAGGAAAAUUUUACAUAGGGAUCUGAAGCCUCAAAACUUGUUAAUAAGUGAACAGGGUGAUCUCAAGUUAGCUGAUUUUGGUUUAGCUAGGGCUAAAUCUAUUCCUAGUCACACAUACUCGAAUGAAGUAGUCACAUUAUGGUACAGGCCUCCUGAUGUGUUACUGGGGUCCACAAAUUAUUCAGUGUCUUUAGAUAUGUGGGGUGUUGGCUGUAUAUUCACAGAGAUGAUAGCUGGUGCUCCAACAUUUCCUGGUAUGAAAGAUUCCUAUGAUCAGUUAGAUAAAAUAUUUAGGGUGCUGGGAACCCCAACAGACAACACUUGGAAGGAUGUCUCUAAAUUACCUCAGUAUGAUAGAAAAAAGUUUGUUAUGUAUGAGAGAGUGUCUUCGUUGUCAUUAGCAAUUCCAAAACUGUCUUUCAUUCCUAGUGCUGAAGAUCUUGCUAGUCAAUUUCUGCAGAUGUGUCCACAGAAAAGGAUAUCAGCUCAAUCAGCGAUGAGACAUGAAUAUUUUAACGAUCUUCCUCCAAAAAUUCACGAGAUUCCUGAUGGUAAAAGAAUAAAUAUGAACUUGCAUCGUCAGUGUUCAACAUUCCCGGAUUAAAGUUGAUUCCUGAAAUGGACGAACUUUUAUUAAAAUCAUCAUCUCCUUCAAGACCACGUCCUAGAAUACGGACAACAGUCAGAGUAUAGUCUUUAAUUGUAGCGAAAUUAUUUUGUGUGAGGAAAUUUUACAAUAGGAGUUCUAUAUGGUUACAGUAGGCCAGGCUAGCAAUUCUUUAGGCUAGAUAGGAAUAAAAGAUGUACAAGAAUGCUUUUACAGAUUUCUGGAGUCUUGACAGCCUAUACACCUUAGCAAGGAAGAAACAUACAGUUUUAAUACACAAAUUUCAGAAGGUUUUGCCUAUACUGUGGAUUUUUUUUGGGGGGUACUAACUUUCGUGGAUUUAUGUAAACUUGUAUUUGCAUAGAUAUUUGCAUUAAUGGCUUAAUUGGCCAAAUCCAUAUACUGCAUAUGAAAAAUGUUGAACAUAUGAUUCAUCUGUACUGAAAUUCACGAAAAUUGGAAUUCAACGAAUAAUUAUGAAUACACAGUAACAAUUUCAGAAGGUUCUGCUAAUAAUUUUUUUUGUUAAUAAAAAGUGCACCAAAUAAGAAGAUCUACAAUACUAGAAUGAAAAGAUAUAGACCUUUUUUUUUAUCUCCACAAUUGGUAUAACUGGUGUUGAUUGGUUGUUAACAUAUAAGCCAAUGAUAAGCUUAAGAUUUUUGGCUUGUAUUGACAUAUUUUUUUUUUUUCGGAUGAAUUUUUGCUGAUUUUUUUCUUCUUAUGGUACUGAGAUACUGUAUUUAAAUUUUAAAUUUAAGAAAACAGACAAGCAAUACCUCAAAAUUUUUAUGGUUGUACAUUUUCAUUUUGUUUGCAUUUGGAAAAAAGGUUGGUGAAAAAUUAAGAAAACAAUGAGAAGAUAUAUGCAAGAUACAAUUUUAGGCAGAUAUAGAUGGGAACAGCAUUUUCUUAUAGAAGAUUUUGCCAUAAAAUUUGAAUAUGAAAACAUUUCUUGAGUAGGCAUUUUAGGAGAAUUUUAUUGUAAGGAAGUUAUAUGAAUUGUAAAUUUCCUUUCACAUUGUUGAUCAUUGUUCGUUACUUAUUUUAAAAUCAAAUAUAAAAUGUUCCACCGAACAUAAAAAUCAUAUAACAUUUUUAAGUCAUUCAUGUUGAAAUAUAAUUGUUAUCAUAUUUGAAUAUUAAGAAUGCACUUUACCAUUGUAACACAAAUCAGUUCUUACUUUUCCAUGUAAAUGAAAAAUGAAAAAUUUCAAGAUAUACAUACAUGUUGUCAUUUAAAAUUUUUUUAUAUUUCAAAGAUUAUUUUUUAUAAAUUUGCAAUUAUAAACACUUUGCUUCAUACCUGCCAACUGUCACUAUUUGUGGGGGAUUUCCCCCCAUGGAAGCUCUCAAAUGGAAAUUUUGUAAGAACUUUGUCCACAAUUUUAAACAAAACUAUUGAUUGUACAAAACCUAUAGGCUUGUAGAAGUAUGAAAAAGCCAAAAAAACAACAUUAAAAAUAUAUUUGAAGGCCCCUUUGAAGAUUUUGUAGGACUAAUAUAUGAGGGACCAUGAGUGUAAAACCCAAAUGGGCAUUUUGAACAGUUGGCAGGUAUGCAGUACAAUUGUAUGAUUUUUACAUAUAUGGUUCAUGGAAGAAGUCUGAUAUAUUUAUUGCUUCUGUAAAGGUUGGGUACCAGGAUAAAUGGGCAAUUAUGUGAGAUUAUUUUCUUCUUAAAAAAAGUUCAAUUUAAAAUCGGACACAAAUCCAUCACAUGAUGUGAGCCAAAGUAUUUUUUUUCUUCUAAGAACAGCCUUCAGUUUCAAACUAAGAAUCCAUCCUUUACCCUUAGUUUAAGAACUUCCAAUAAUGUUCUGAUAAGGAUUUCAAAGGGAUUAGUUUGUCAUCUAAAUCUAAACAUAGGACAAAAAUGGUAAUUCACUCCCUUUAUUGAAACCUUAAUGAUUUAAUAGUGCAAUAGAUUUGUAGGCUGAUAAUUGUUAAUCUGGUAAUUUCCUGUUAAAAUAUACAUCUAUUGUUUUGCCUGAUAAAAUGUAGUCACUUAGUUUUAAAAUGUUUAUUUUGUUUUCUAGUCAGAAGCAAAAAAUCAGAAAGUGUUAUUUUAAUAUAGUCAUUUCAUAAUCAACAUUGUAAAUUUUUAACUUGUAUGAAAAGGUCUGUUGUUUUAGUUAAAUUAAUAGAUAACACACAAACCAAUGACAGUUUUAACACAAAUCAAUGACAUUAUCCACACAAACCAAUGACAUUUCCCACAAAUCAAUUAAAUUUUCCACACAAACCAAUGACAUUUUCCUCACAUUAAUGACAUUCUUCACACAACAAUAACCUUUUUCACACUAAGAAUUAUUUAUUUUUCAUAAAUAUCAAAUUAAAUCAAAAAUUAUUAAGGACAAUGAUAGUAAAAAAUAUAAUUUCUACAAAAUUUUUCAAAAAUAUAGCAGGCCUAAAUAACUCAGCAAUGUCUUUCUUUUGUUCAUAGCAUAAUUAAGGAGUUUUGCUCACAAUGGCGGUUGUCAUAGUAUUAGUGACAUUUUGUACAUUUAUUUCUAUAUACAAUGUGAUAUAUAUGUGUUGUGUAAUGGUUACAGCUAAUUUCCUAAAGCGUGUAGAGUAAAACUUUGGUUGACAUGUUUGCCUUGUUUGUAUGAAUAUUUACCUAAGCUUUGUACUCAAGAUUCACAUCUUCAAAAAAUAAAUAUAGGCAACUCAAUCUUGUUAAUAGUUGUUUCAUCAAUUGGGCGUUAUCUAAAUUACUAUUGUACAAUAUACAAACAAAACAAGCUAGCCAACCAAUGUCUUGCUGUACAUGCAUUAGGAAAUGAGCUAUAAGUUGACAGAUUAAAAUCUGUUUAUUGUC